GCUAAACAUGACUUCCGUCUUUAGUUUGCGACCCAAACAGGAUACUGGCUCUUGAACGUUUCAGACCCACUCGUUCUUUGGCUACGAAUGGACAACCAUAUAUUCGUCUCAUUUUACCCUACAACUUGAAGGAACCCUCUGGAUAUUAGCUGAUUUGUUGGCAGUUGUUUUUUAUGGCAAUUAUGUUGUUGGUUUUUCUACUGCAUCUCGUCAACAGCUUUGAGGGUCUAUCAGGAGCUGAAGAUGAAACGCUGUGCACCUCCAACGCCUGCUACACCCUGCAUAUGGAGAAUUUGAUCUUCAACAAGGCUCAUCUGGAGUGUACCAAUAAUGGAGGUUAUCUGAUGACGCUCAGGGACAGACAAGAAGAGGAUGCGCUGCUUUCACUUCUUUCGCUUAUCCAAAGGCAAGAAAAAGACGGGCUUAGAAUCUGGAUUGGAUUAAAACUGGACAGAGAGGACUGUGUGCAUUCUGGCAAGAGUCUCAAAGGGUUUAAAUGGGUGUCCGGGGAGGAAGAAUCCCACUACUCCAACUGGGAAAGAGAGCCGCCCUCUACAUGCACACAAAAUAGAUGCGUAAAGGUUAAUUACACUUUUUCAGGCAAUAAUCAGCUGAAAUGGAUUGAUGGACCUUGCAAAAACCCUGCACCUUAUGUGUGUAAGUUUUAUUUUAAGAGCAUGUGCACACCUUUGACUCUGUUGGGACGUGGACAAAUACACUACACAGCACCCUUCUCAAAGAAUCCCCAAAAAGGUGAAAUGAAAUUGUUUCCACAUGGAACUUAUGCUAAUAUUAUAUGCAGCGACCAACAAUCUCACUACUCUGUGUGCAAUACGUCUGGCUGGACAAACCAGGGUCCCUUUUGCACAAUUGUAAAGCAAAACUGCAAAAUUAACAAUGGUGGAUGUCAGCAUUUGUGCCAGCAGACUACAGAUACAGAUGUCCAAUGCCUUUGCAAGGACGGUUAUGACCUGGAAGAGGAUGGACUCAGCUGUAGAAGGACACACUUGUGCGGUCCUGACACCUGUGAGCAUCAGUGUGUAAUAAAGGAGUCAGGGUUUUCCUGUAAAUGUCCAGAGGGGUUCAAACUGCACCAAAACCAACGCAACUGCUAUGACAUCGAUGAGUGCAAGUCAAAGGCCUGUGGGGACCACUUGUGCCUCAAUACGCAUGGCAGUUACAAAUGUGUGUGUAAUGAAGGCUACAAAAUGGUCGAUGGUCGAUGCGACAAUGUGGAUGAGUGCGCACAAUUAAGAUGUGAUCACAUCUGCUUGAAUGAUAGUGGAUCCUAUUCCUGUAGCUGUAACGAGGGCUUUGCUUUAUCUAAUGAUGGCUACUCCUGCGUUGACAUCGACGAAUGCGCCAGCAGCGGCUGUUUGCCCGAGUUCAUGUGUGUUAACACGGAAGGCAGCUUUCUGUGCGAUCCAGUUACCCACUUUAAUAUCGACCCAACAAACUACACUCCAACUUUGACUUCUUCAUCAGAUGACCCAGCUAAAGAGGAAACACAAGAGAACUUCACAGAAUCUUUAACCAGAACAACGGUGGAGCUCCAGCAUCAGUCCCCACACACUGAUGCGCCGCUCCCUGACGUAGUGAACCACACGCACAGGGAUCAGCAGACCAACACAUCUUUGGUGACAACUUUUGCCAAGACGGCCAACUACAGGGUGAUAAUCUGUGUCCUCGGUUCAGUCAUUCCUCUGGUCGUGUUGGUUGCAGUGACUCUGUUCAUUGCGAUUUUUCGAUGCAGUCGAUCCAAAAAGGAAGUCAAGAAGAGCACCACCACGGACGGCUACUGCUGGGUCUCCUCUGGUUUGGAUCCACGUUUAGAAAAACUAUAUGAGUCCAUCUUGACUGAUGACCCAUGACCUGGCAGUGGUUGAAAAGACUCUCUAGAUGGACUGCCGUGUUUAUUUAUGUAAUUUAUGUUGUUGGAACUUCUUUUGGCUUGGUAAUGCACUGUUAUCAAGUUAUUUCAUAUCAAAUCAGAAAACUCUGUUAUCCAUAAAAAACUGUGAUUUCUCAUUGACUUCUCUGUGGUUGGGUAAAAAGGCAAAUAUGCUAAAUAUGGUUGUGAGGAAGUGAAAAUGAGUGCUGUUUUUCUUGCGAAGCACAACUGUGAUGUGAAAGGCUCCGUGGGUGGGGAUCGUUUCGACAGUGGGGCGCCUGUUAUUUUACUGGGGUGAUGAUCCAAGCAAAUCUAAACGUAAAUGCUAUACGAUGGUUUCUGAGAAAAACUUGUCCUGGGAGGAAGUUUUAGAGCCAAGAUCUGCCUGUUUAUAUAUAUAUAUAUAUAUAUGGGUGUGUGUGUGUACUGUGUCAUAAGUGACUGUAUACCAAUAGACAUGUGAUGAUAUAAACUGUGAUGUAUGUGAACUCAAAGGUGGAUUCAUCUUUCUAUGACAAGUAUAAUUUGUGGUUGAUGUGAAAAUACUGAAACAAAAUGUAAUUAAAGAUGUAAAAAAUUGUCCCUUAUGACACAAUUACGCUGAUAUAACCGAUGCAUUAACAAGUAAGAGGUACUUUUCUUUCUUUCUUGUGUUACUAGGUAAGGUCUGUUAAGUAGCUGCUGACAUGUUAAAUAAAUGUAGUGAAGUAAAGAGUUAGAUCACUGCUCCCAACAUUGUGUGAAGUAUAAAAUGGAAAUCUGCAGUGAAAUACCUUUCUUUUAUAAAUAAGCACACAUGUAUUUUGUUUCUGCCACUGUCACAGAGAUGUAAUUACACACAUACCUUACUAAAUACAAGUUACUUGCUGAAUGGAGUCUGCACAUUAAUUGUGCUGGUGUAUUACUGUAAAUACAUGUACUGUACAUCGAAUUAUCCAAUCACUGUAUGUUGUGAAGUUAAAGUCAUACUAUCAGACCAAAACUAAAUAAACUCAGUUUUGAAAUAUGAA